CUUACGUCCCACCUCCCCCACUCCCCCUCUCGAGCAGACGGGCAUGCGUGGCGCUGCGGCUAUGGAUGGCGUGGACGAGCGGCUGAGGCGGCAAUGGAUGGCGUGGACGAGCGGCUGAGGUGGCAGGCUGCCAAGGUGGCAGCGCUGCGCACACGUGGCAGUCUGCUGCUCACCACGCUAUUGGUCGCCAGCACCAGCGUCAACGUCAGCUUCACGCUCUUCGUCUCAGGUGUGUUGGGCAUGCUGAUGGGAUUCGUCCUCUGCGUGCUCCUCAUCCUGCUCUUCGUCGAAAUCGCUCCCCCAGCCAUCUGUGCGCGCCACUCCCUGCGCAUCGCCUCCGCCACAGCGUGGCUCGCCCGCCUGCUGCUGCUGCUGCUGUCUCCAGUGGCGUAUCCAGUUAGCCUGCUGCUGGACCGAUACCUCAACAACCAGGAAGAUGAGGAGGAGAGCAUCUUGCGGCGCGGUCUCCUAGGCUCCAGCUGCAUGGAUCCCUACUGCAUGAAGCACGGCGGCUCAGCCGGCUCCUCUCCGCGAAUCUACAUCACCAACCCCCUCGCCAACCCGCCCUCCCCCUUGUUUCAUCCCCCCCAACCCCCUUGUUCCCACCACAGUGGUUCCAGCUGCGCGGAUCCCUACUGCAUGAAGCACGGUGGCUCAGCGGGCUCCUCGCCGCGAAUCUACAUCACCAACCCCCUCGCCAACCCACCCUCCCUCGAAUUCCCCGACACCACCGCCUCUGCCCUCGACACUGGAAGUGCUGCCCCUGCCGCUCCUCCCGCUGCUUCUGCUGGUGGCGCUGCUGCUGGUGGCGCUGCUGCUGGUGCUGCAGCCAUAGCCGUCGGCACAGCAGCAGCAGCAGCAGCAGCAGCAGCAGCAGCGGGUGGUUCUGCUGCUGCUGCAGCAGGAGUUGGAGCGCAGCCUACCUCUGCGUCCUUCUCAUCCCGAGAAGCAGGGGGGGCUGGGGGGGAAACAGGCGAGCAGACGGAGCAGACGGAGGAGAGGGACGAGGAGGAGGAGGAAGAGGAGGAGAGUGCGGCGUUGUAUUCAGAGGAGAUGGAUUCCAACACCCGCAUGCACAUGGCUGGAUUCGGCGCCAUGCCUCCCAGGUCAGUUCCUCCUCCUUGCCUCCAGCCAGGUCAGCUCUUCCUCCUUGCUCCCACCAGCCGAGGUCGGCUCUUCCUCCUUGCUCCCACCAGCCGAGGUCGGCUCUUCCUCCUUGCUCCCACCAGCCGAGGUCGGCUCUUCCUCCUUGCUCCCACCAGCCGAGGUCGGCUCUUCCUCCUUGCUCCCACCAGCCGAGGUCGGCUCUUCCCUGCCUCCUCCUCCUCCUCCUUGCCCCCAGCCAGGUCAGUUCCUCCCUGCCAUGCCGCCCAGGUCAGUUCCUCCCUGCCAUGCCGCCCAGGUCCGGCCAGUAUAAUUCGAGUCGCUCCAAGCCCAUCAGUGGCGGCACCGACUCUCCCCUCACUUCCACCUCUCUCCUUCUCCCCUCGCAUCUUCCCUUACCCACCACCCAUCCUCCAGGUCCGGCCCGUACGAUUCAAGUCGCUCCAAGCCUGUCAGUGGCGGCAGCGACUCGCCCCUGCGACGCCGCAUCGAGCAGGCACUGGUGGGGGGGAGAGCGGUGCAGUAGGAGAGAGCGGGGAGGAGGUGGUGAUGGCGCUGCCUGUGGGGGAGAGUCAGGAGUAUACGAGUGUGGAGGUCGGGGAGGAAGGGGAGGGGUACAGCACUCGGGAGGAGGAGAGUAGUGAGAAGGUGGGGAGGGGUGGGAGGAGUGGGAGAGGAGGGAGUGGGAGAGGAGGGAGUGGGAGAGGAGGGAGUGGGAGAGGAGGAGGGGAGGAGACGGCGGAGGAGUCGGAUGAAGUGCCGAUGGCACUGCCAACGUCUUCUGAUGAUGUUGAUACGGAGUCAGACGACCAGAGGAGGAACCUUGGACGGGUGAGUUUAAGGUCUUGGACGGGUGAGUUACACUCAUGUGGUUUUGAGUCGACUAGAACAACGGCAGAGGAGUCGGACGAAGUGCCGAUGGCGCUGCCAACAUCUGAUGAUGUUGAUGUUGAUACGGAGUCAGAUGACCAGAGGAGGUACCUUGGACGGGAGUGGGAUGAAGUGCCAAUGGCACUGCCAACGUCGGAUGAUGUUGAUGGCGAGUCGGAUGAUGUUGAUGGCGAGCCGGAUGAUGUUGAUGGCGAGUCGGAUGAUGUUGAUGGCGAGUCGGAUGAUGUUGAUGGCGAGUCGGAUGAUGUUGAUGGCGAGUCGGAUGAUGUUGAUGGCGAGUCGGAUGAUGUUGAUGGCGAGUCGGAUGAUGUUGAUGGCGAGUCGGAUGAUGUUGAUGGCGAGUCAGAUGAUGUUGAUGGCGAGUCAGAUGAUGUUGAUGGCGAGUCAGAUGAUGUUGAUGGCGAGUCAGACGGCCAGAGGAGGAACCUUGGACGGACUCCGCCCCAGCUUCCUCCCCCUCCACCCACGCCCGCCACUCCUGCUGCUGAUUCCCCUGCUGCUGCUGGUGUAGCAGCAGGGGUUGCAGUGGGAGCGGCGGCAGGAGCAGCAGCAGGGGGGUUGAGAAGCCGACCGGUGAUGCAUGAAACGAUAGUUGAGAUAGGGUCUGAAGGGGAGGGCGAGGAGGAGAGUGAGGAUGAGAGGAGCGAGGGUGAUGAUGAUGAUGUUGUAGAAGCAGAGGCUUAUAGCGGGGAUAGUGGUGCUGUGCAAUCAGGGGCAGCGGGAGGGGUAGCACCAGGAGCGGCAGGAGCACCAGCAGGAGGAGCAGGAGCCGCAGCAGCAGGAGGGGCAGCAGCAGGAGGAGCAGCAGUGGGGGGGGCAGUGGGUGGUUUUGCUGCCAGUGGUGCUUCUGCCAGUGGUGCUGCUGCUUCCACUUCAGCAGCGUUGACCCCACCACCUGCCAUGGCAGCAGGAGCAGCGGAAGGAGCAGGCACAGCAGGAGCAGCAGAAGCAGGAGGAGGAGCGGCAGGAGCGGGAGGGAUGAGUGUGGCUGAGGGAUUCGCAGCAGCAGCCGCAGCUGUGGGUGCUUUCGCGCUCAUGCCUUUCCGAUGGGGACAGAAGCAGCCACAGCAAGAGCAGGAGCAGGAGAAGCAGCAGCAGCAGGAGAAGCAGCAGCAGCAGCAGCAGCAGCAGCAGGGCGAGAAGAAGGAACCGUCACCACCAGCAUCCCCAUCAGGGCGGAUACAAGUGGUUGUGCACGGUACAGGGGGGCCAGGAGGGGUAGGAGGACCCAGCAGCAGCAGCGGUGGCAGCUGGAGAGACAACAGCAAGGAUGCUGAUAGCAAGGGGGACUCUUUGCCAGGAGGACCUAUGGGUCCAUCCCCCCUCCCUCCCCCACCCAUUGACCCCCGCCUCUCCGCCCUUCCCCCUACCGCCCUCCCCCCUCCCCCUGGCCCCUCCGCCUCCCCCUCCUUCCCCCUCCGACCCACACCCGCGCCCGCUCCUGCUGCCUUCCCAAUGUCCUCUGAAGCACCCUCCUUUCCCCUCCGGCCGAUUCCUGCUGGUGCUGGUGCCGCUGCUGGUGCUGCUAUAGCCAGUGGCAGCGGUAGUGGGGGUGGGGGAGAAGGGGCGGAGGAGGGGAGGAGCAUGGGGUUUGAGAGGGACGAGUCUUGGGCCACGGCGCCUGAAGGGGGGAGGAGUGUGAGGUUUGGGAGGGAUGAGUCAUAUGCAACAGCAUAUGAUAGUGAAGGGGGUGAUGGUGGUGGAGAGGGGGGUGAGGGUACCGGUGCUUCUGCCAGUGCUGCUGCAGCAGCAGGGGUGGCAGGGGUGGCAGGAGCGGCAGGGGCGGCAGGAGGAGGGGCAGGUUCGGCAAGUGGUUGGGGUUCGCGCCGUCCGCCGCUAGGCCCGGGAGCCGUAGGUUCGGCAGGCACGCCUGCGGCCUUGGCUCGGGGCCGGCCGACCAGUGCUAGCACCACUGCAUCCCGGAGCUCUGCUGAUUGGUCGAGCCCGGACGAGUCAGAGGUUGAGUCGAGAAAUACCGACACUUUGUUAAGUGCUGAGAGGAGUGUUACUCCUAGCGGGGAUAGGAUGAUGGGGGGUGCGGAUGGAGGGGAAAGAGGCAUGGGGGCAAAUGAUGCUUUGACUAGUGCAAUCAUGGCUUCGUCUAUAUCAGCUGCGGCUGCUGUUGAGAUGGCACGGCAACGGCAGCAGCAGCAACGGCAGGAGGAGGAGGAGAGGCGGAAGCAGGAGGAGCAGGCAGGAGGCGGUUUGCGACAGGAAGGAGGGAGAGGCAGAGGAGGGGAGGGGGAGAGGGAGGGGAGUGAGAGAGAAUGGUCGUUUGCAUCGAGUGAGGAGGAGGAGGAGGAGGAUGAUGUUCCUGUAGGUGAAGUGUUGACGUCAGGGGAGCAAACGAGUGGUCAAAUGCAGCAGCAGCAGCAGCAGCAGCAGCAGCAGCAAAUGGGAGUUGUUGCAGCGGGUGGUGGUAGGAGGAGGAAGGAAGUGAGUUUUGACGAGGGGUUGUCGUCUGGCUCUGCUGUUUCGGCUGCGGUGGUUUCGUCGUCUGCUUCGGGUGUUUAUGGUGGCGCGGGAUGGGGGGAUGGUGAGGGGAAUAGCGGCGUUGUGACUGCUGAGGUUAUUGAGGAGGAGACUGAAGAGGAGGAGGAUGAAGAGGAGGAGGAUGAGGAGGAGGAGGAUGAAGAGGAGGAUGAGGAGGAGGAGGAGGAUGAGGAGGAGGAUGAGGAGGAGGAGGAAGAAGAGGAGGAGGAUGAGGAGGAAGAGGAGGAAGAAGAGGAGGAUGAGGAUGAGGAGGAGGAAGAGGAAGAAGAGGAGGAUGAGGAGGAAGAGGAGGAAGAAGAGGAGGAUGAGGAGGAGGAAGAGGAAGAACAGGAGGAAGAGGAUGAGGAGGAGUAUACAGAGACAGAGGAGGGUACAGAAGAAGUUACGGAGGAGGUAACUGGGACAGAGGAGGUUACAGGGACCGAAGAAGUGACAGGGACGGAGGAGGUCACAGGGACAGAAGAGGUCACAGGGACAGAAGAAACGACGAAGGAUUACGAGGAGGAAGAAGAGGAGGAGGAGGAGGAGGAGGAAGAGGAGGAGGAAGAGGAGGAAGAGGAGGAGGAAGAGGAGGAGGAGGAGGGAACAGAAGUCACUGAAAUGACAGAGGAUUAUGAGGAGGAAGGCGAGGGAGAGGAUGAUGAGGAGGAGGAAGAGGAAGAGGAAGGGGAGGAGGAGGAGGAGGAGGAGGGAACAGAAGUCACUGAAGUGACAGAGGAUUAUGAGGAGGAAGGCGAGGGAGAGGAGGAAGAGGAGGAGGAGGGGACUGAGGAAACGGAAAUGACUGAGGAAUAUGAGGAGGAAGAGGAAGAGGAGGAAGAAGAGGGGACGGAAGUGACUGAGGAUUAUGAGGAGGAAGAGGAAGAGGAGGAAGAGACAGUGGAGGGAACAGAGGAGGAAAUAACCCAAGAGACAGAAGAGGAGGAAUAUGAGGAGGAGGAGGAGGAGGAGGAGGAGGAGGAGGAGGAGGAGGAGGAGGAGGAGGAGGAGGAGGAGGAGGAGGAGGAGGAGGAGGAGGAGGAGGAGGAGGAGGAAGAGGAGGAAGAGGAGGAGGGAGAGGAGGAAGGGUAUGGGACCGAAGAAGCGACAGAGGAAGGAACGGAGGUGACAGAAGAAGAGGUGACAGGGGAAGAGGUAACAGAAGAGGAGGUGACAGGGGAGGAGGUGACAGAAGAGGAGGUGACAGAAGAGGAGGUGACAGAAGAAGUGACAGGGGAAGAGGUGACUGAAGGGGAAGUGACUGAAGAGACAGAAGUGACUGAAGGAACAGGGGAGGGGGAGGAGGAGGAGGAAGAAGAGGAGGAGGAGGAGGAGGAAGAGGAGGAGGAGGAGGAGGAAGAGGAGGAGGACGAAGAAGAGGAGGAGGAAGGGACAGAAGAGGAUCAAGGGGCGUCAUACUAUGGUGGGGAGGAGGAAGGGGGCGAGGGGGAGGUGACGGUUCACACUAUAGGCGAGGAGCAAACGAUUGAUGAUGAUGUUACCUCUAUGACUGAAUCCCAACUUGCCUUGUAUGAUGAAGUGGGUCAGAUGGUAACGGAGACAGAAGGAGAGACGGAGGAGAGUGAGGGGAGCUAUGAUGGGGUUCCAGGUGCUGGGGAGGGUGGGGAGGGGUGGGUGGGAGAGGGAGAGACGGAGGAGGAGACGGAGGGAGAGGAGGAAGAGGAAGAAACAGAGGAGGGGACAGAGGGGGAAGGGGAGGAAGAGGAGGAGGAGGAAGAGGAAGAAACAGAGGAGGGGACAGAAGGGGAAGGGGGGGAAGAGGAGGAAGAGGAAGAAACAGAGGGAACAGAGGGGGAAGGGGAGGAAGAGGAGGGGGAAGAAGAGGAAGAAACAGAGGAGGGAACAGAGGGGGAAGGGGAAGAAGAGGACGAGGAGGAAGAGGAAGAAACAGAGGAGGGAACGGAUGGGGAAGGGGAGGAAGAGGACGAGGAGGAAGAGGAAGAAACAGAGGAGGGAACAGAAGGUGAAGGGGAGGAAGAGGAAGAAGAGGAGGAAGUGACAGAGGAGGAAGGGGAGGAAGAGGAAGAAGAGGAGGAAGUGACAGAGGAGGAAGAGGAGGAAGAGGAGGAGGAGGAGGAGGAGGAGGAGGAGGAGGAGGAGGAGGAGGAGGAGGAGGAGGAGGAGGAGGAGGAGGAGGAGGAGGAGGAGGAGGAGGAGGAGGAGGAGGAAGAGGAGGAAGAGGAGGAAGAGGAAGAGGACGAGGAAGAAGAGGAGGACGAGGAGGAGGAUGGAUCAAUAAACGGUGCGGGGGGGUUGAAUGCGAUACAGCAGCGGAUUCUGGAGUGGCAGCAAGCUGCAGGUUCGUCCACUCCCCACACGCCCCGCAGUUCAGGGGGCUCGCAGGGGAAUUCCCAAGGCAACUCCCAAGGCGACUCCCGAGGCAAUUCCCGAGGCAACUCGCCAGGUUUGGAAGGGCUGGAUCGGGGUAGCAGCGGGAGGCUGAGCAGGAGCGGCAGCAGUGCGAGUGGGUACACUGAAGGGGAUAACGAGGAAGAUAAUGAAGAGGAUAAUGGUGGGGACGGGGAUGGGGCGAGUGUUGCAAGUGGGGCCAGUAUCGGCAGCAGCGGCAGGGGCAGCAGCAAAAGGAGUGGCUUCAGUGGGAGGGAGGCUGAAGAUGGAAAGGGAGAUGGAGUGAGAGGGGGGGAAGGGCACAACAGGCAUGGGCGCCCGGACCUUGUUCCGGAGCUGAGCCUCGAGCCGAGGCUAGAGGCUCGGGAGGAGCAAGAAGGGGGUAGAGGGAUUGGGGAAGGAGGUGUGCAAGGAGAGAGCUGGAGAAGCCAUGGAACAGAAGUAACUGGUGAGACUGGUGAGGGGGAAGAGGAGGAGAGUGAGGAGGGGAGUGAGGAGGGGAGUGAGGAGGGAACAGAGGAAGUGACAGAAGAAGUGACAGAGGAAGGGAGUGAGGAGGGGAGUGAGGAGGAGGGAACAGAGGAAGUGACAGAGGAAGUGACAGAGGAAGGGAGUGAGGAGGGAAGUGAGGAGGAGGGAACAGAGGAAGUGACAGAGGAAGGGAAAGAAACUGGGGAAGAGGAGGAAGAGGAAGAGGAGGAAGAGGAGGAGGAAGAGGAGGAGGAAGAGGAGGAAGAGGAGGAGGAGGAUGAGGAGGAAGAGGAGGAGGAUGAGGAGGACGAGGAGGAGGAGGAAGAAGAGGAAGAGGAAGAAGAGGAAGAAACAGAGGAGGGAACCGAGGGGGAAGGGGAGGAAGAGGAAGAGGAAGAGGAGGAAGAGGAAGAGGAGGAAGAGGAGGAGGAAGAAGAGGAGGACAGCGUAGAUCACACUGCCACUGGCCCCUCUGCCUUCCCUCCCCGCACCUCCGGCCGCAGCAGCCGGCAGGUUUCCUUCCAGGAGGACGUUCAGCCGGCAGCUAGCCGGCUAGCCGGCAGUUCUGGCGCCACUGGGAGUGGGGCGUAUGGGAGCGGGAGCUUCGGAGGGAGGUUAGGGAGCGGGAACUACGGGGGCGGUGGUGUGGGAGGGGGAGGGGAUUAUGGGGGGAGGCUGGGGAGGAGUAAUCUUGGGGGGGAGCAAGGGAGUGGGAAUUAUAGGGGAGAGGAGGCGUAUGGGAGUGGGAAUUACGGGAGUGAAGCGUAUGGGAGUGGGAAUUAUGCCAAGGGGCAUGCGUUGGGUAGUGGGAACUAUGGGAGUGAGGGGUACGGCAGCAGUGCAUAUGGCGGGUGUGGUAACCACGGCGCGAUGUUACAUGGCGCUGGGGGGAGUGGGCUGGGCGGCAGACUAGGAAGUGGGGGCGGCUUGGGAAGCAGGCUAGGAAGUGGGGGGAUGAGUGGAGGGCUUGGGAGUGGGAAUAUGGGGAGUGGGAAUAUGGGGAGUGGGAAUAUGGGGAGUCAGGUCAGUGGGAGUGGGAAUUACGGGGGGAAAUUAGCCCCUGUGCGGUCUCCUAGUGACAGCGGCCAGAGUGAAGGGCAAAGGGAGGGAGAGAGCGGAGGAGAGGGAGGAGGAGGAGUGGGAGGAGGAGGAGUGGGAGGAGGAGUGGGGGGAGAGAGAGGAGGGACGGGAGUGGGAGGGCCAGUUUGGGAGACGGACGAGGAGCGGAGUCAACCAGCUAGCAUGGAGAGACGGGAGGAGGGGCAAAGUAUGAGACAAGAGGAGGAUCGAAGCAUGGAGGCAGCAGAGGCCCGAGCACCACCGCCAGCAGCACAGGAACCAACGAGUGCAGCUGACGCAUCUGCAUCGCCCCCCAAGUCAGCAAAGAAAGGAGGAUGGCUGGAGAACCUCUGGGGCAAGUAG